GAUAAAAGACGAGAUAAACAGGCUCAAGAAUUAGCUAGAUGGCAGGACACGGCGGUAAGUGGUCACUUGUGCUGUAAAACACCAGAUUAAAUAAUUUAGACUACGUUCAAGAACAUGUAUAUAUAUCUGCAUGCACCAUGCUUAACUCAGCAGUGAGUUCUGUGCGACAUCAGAUCACUUUAAGAAUGCCCAAAUGUAAAGAACAUGUACUACCUCUGUAUAAUUUACAAUGCUUAACUCAGCAGUGAGUUCUGUUCAACAUCAGAUCACUUUAAGGCAGCUCACAUACUUCUGCAUGAUCUAACCAUGCUUAACUCAGCAGUGAGUUCUGUACAACAUCAGAUGACUUUAAGGUGGCCCACAUUCAAGAACAUGUACUACCUCUGCAUGAUCUAACAAUGCUUAACUCAACAGUGAGUUCUGCAUACGACAUCAGAUAACUUUAAAAACAGCCCACAUUCAAGAACACGUACUACUUCUGUAUGAUUUACCACGCUUAACUCAGCAGUGAGUUCUGUACAACAUCAGAUGAUUCAGAUCACUUUAAGAACAGUCCACAUUCAGGAACAUGUACUACCUCUGUAUGAUUUAAGCAUGCUUUACUUUGCAAUGAUUUUCAGUUGGACAACAUUACAAGAGCUGUUACCUUUAAACUGUACAUUUAUUCUCAUAGAAUCAUGAUUUAAUCCGGCAACGAAACAGAAAAAGAGAUAAUUUUGAUGUGGUUUUCAAGAAAGAUGCAGUGCUGAUACGCGAUAGCAAGAAAGCAAAAGGCAGAGGUAUCAGCCCUGGAGCACAACGCGGACCAACAGUACAGACUGUACAGUAA